AUGAAUGAUAAAAAACCGAAAAAUUUUUAUAAGAGCAAACGAUACAUCAAUAAAAAGAAGCCAACAAAAUCAUAUAAUCACAAAGACGAUCAAAGUAAUGAAAAUGUAUACCAAUCUUUGGAUCCUAUUGCAAUGUCUAAUCUAUUAAAUGUACACAAUGAUUAUGUCAAUUUCAAUAUUCCUUUCUAUGGAUGGAAGCUAUUCUUUCACGAUGAAGAUUACGAAAGUGGUUCUGAUACUGUUCAAAAAAUCCAAACAGCAGAAAAUUUCAUAAACAAGCACCAACAAUUGUUAACCCUACUUACACUAGAAAAUCUGGAAAAUGGAAUAGUUUUCGUUAUCGAUAUGUGUGAAUUAUGCAAUGAUACGAAUUUUUUGACCGAAUGGUCUGAUUUCAAGAAGGAUUUACACGAAAAUCCAUUACAUACUUUAAAUUGCUUUAAACUUGCAAUACACCAGCAAAUCUUACGCACGUUAGCACGAGAAAAUUUAAGUUCUAUAAAUAUCAUAAAUACGUUGUCUACCGUUAGAUUAAAAAUAUUAAAUCACGAACCGAUUAUAUGUUUGCAAGACUUGAAAGCAAAUUUUUAUGGAAAAUUAGUGUCUAUCAGAGGUUGUGUAAUAAGAGUUGGUCACGUGAAACAUCUCGCACAAUGGAUCGUAUUUGCUUGUCGUAAAUGUGGUUUGCAGAAAAUAAUGAAACAGCCCUUAGGAGUUUAUACUGUUCCGAGAAAAUGUAACGUAUGUGGUGUAUCCAAGUUUCGUGCAAUGUUAGAUUCGCCAUUGGUGAAGAGUAUCUCCUUUCAAACAAUCAAGAUACAAGAACUUACAAAUAACGAUCAGAAUAGUAAAGGUAGUAUGCCUAGAAUGGUUGAUAUCGAAUUAAUGGAUGAUUUGGUUAAUAUUUGUAUGCCUGGAGAUGAUGUUACAUUAACAGGAAUUAUAAAGGGAACUAAUCACGCUAAGAUUCGAAAUAAAAAUUCAUUUUCUUUGUACAUGGAGGCUAUUACGAUAGUUAACAAUAAACAGAGACUCACGAAUAAAAAUGUCAUGAAUAAUGAAAUGUCUAUAAAGGAUUAUUUAGCCAUAAAGGAAGUUUACAAUACACCAAAUAUUUUCCCACUUUUGGUGCAUUCUCUUUGUCCAAGCAUUUAUGGUCACGAAAUAGUUAAAGCUGGACUGAUGUUAAGUUUAUUUGGAGGAAAUGUAGAACAUUCGGAAUUACGAGAAAAUAUUCAUAUAUUAGUUGUUGGUGAUCCUGGUCUUGGAAAGUCACAAAUGUUGCAGGCUUGUGCACGAAAUGCUGCGAAAGGUGUAUAUGUAUGUGGAAAUGCAACUACAUCUUCUGGUUUAACGAUAACGCUAACAAAAGAAAAUAAGAGUAACAAUUUUAGUUUAGAACCAGGGGCUUUGGUGUUGGCAGAUAGAGGCUGUUGUUGUAUCGAUGAAUUUGAUAAAAUGUAUAAACAACAUGCGGUUUUAUUAGAAUCUAUGGAACAACAGAGUGUAAGCAUUGCUAAAUCAGGAAUAAUAUGUUCUCUUCCUACCAGAACUUCGAUUCUUGCAGCUGCUAAUCCAAUUAGUGGUCGGUUUAAUAGAAGUAAAACAAUAACGCAAAAUUUGAAAAUGAGUGCACCUCUUCUGUCACGUUUCGAUUUAAUAUUUUUAUUACUGGAUGAACCAAAUACGCAUAUAGACGAUUUAUUAUGUAAACAUGUUUUGUCAAUUCAUGCUAACUCAAGCACAUCUAGGAGUACACAAAGUAGUACACAGCAACAAACAAAUGUACCAUCAACAGUCAAACUUCCACUAAAAGAUAGACUUAGAUUGUCUGUAGUUGAAAAUGUAAAUGUCAUUCCACAGUCAAUUCUCAGGAAAUAUAUUGCAUAUGCACGACAAUACGUUAAGCCAAAGUUAACCGAAGAAACAGCUGCACUACUACAAAAAUAUUAUCUAGAACUUCGACAGAAAAAUAAUAAAUUUAGUGGCUUUUCUAUUUGCAAUAGACAGUUAGAAGCUAUGAUACGAUUGACAGAGGCUAGAGCUAAGUUGGAAUUACGUACGGAAGCAGUAGAAACAGAUGCUUUGGAUGUGAUAGAAAUAUUUCAACAUACAUUUGAUAACGAAAAUGUAAAUUGGCAAUCUUUAGGUACAAAGAAUACCACCAGUGGAAAGAUCACGGAGUUUAUAAAGCUAUUAAAGAGAGAGACAGAUUCUAAUAAUAGUAAGAUAUUUACAAUGAAAAGACUGCAGGAAAUCGCAUUAGAUAAGAAAUUUCUAAUAGACGAUUUUCCUAGAUUUAUUAUGAAAUUAAAUGAUAAUGGUAUCUUAUUGAAAAUAGGGAAAAAUACAUUCAAAUUUAUUUCUUAA